GGUCGGCUGCCUGCACGCAUCCUGCUCGUGGCAGGAUGGUGGCGUUCGCCUGUCGGCCGUGAAUUCUUGUUGCUUCGCAGUUGCUCGGGCUGCCCUGCAGCCAUCAGCUAGGGCUGCCUCACGCCGCCGAUGCGCUGCCUCCUAGUCCUGCUGCUGCACGGCUGCGUCGCAGACCCGCAGGAGGUGCGCGCCUGGCUCCGGGGCCGCGCGAACGCGUCCGCGACCGAGGAAUGCACGCUCGAGGAGGCCUGUACACUAACUGCAAAACUGAGACGGCUCCACGGCCCGCGCGUCGUGCUGCCGCCUGAUCUCGAGAAGGCCUGGCCGGCCCUGUUCGGCGAAGAAUUCAAAGACCGACAGAACCACGUCCCCAUCAUCGUACUCCUACACUGCUUCUCCUCCGAGAGACGGGAGCAGCAGUUGCAGAAGUACCUCACUCCUCACUAUCUGGGGAAGCAUCGCCACGUCUUCGCUUCCGAUAGGACGGAUGUAUCCAGGGGAAUACUAGGCUUCCCCGACGACCCGGGCCGAGGCGGUGUGGAUUUCAAAACGAAUGGAGCCAAGUAUAUCUCGGCGUCCCGUCGUGUGGAGGCGCCUUCACGCCAUCGACGCGACUCGUGUCCAUCUCACAAUGAAGUGGGUGGUCUCUUUUUCGAUUCUGAGGCCAUUCGGACCGCGUCGCGAGACCGCGACGCUCCGCGCAGGUACCUCGGCGCGCACCGGCCGUUGAUCGCGAUGUUGUUCGCGAACGACACGUGGGGUUCGAAGUUCGAUUGGCUGCUCCAGGGGGAUGACGAUACUACAUUCUCGUUAGGUCAAGUGUCGGAACGGUUGUCGAAUCCUCAUUUGCCUUUGCUCGUUGGUCAGAGAGGCCCUCGACGCGGCGCGGCCAUGCCGGGCUGCUAUCCUUCUGAGGAGCGUUCUUCCCCGAAAAUAGAUUGCUGCUCUACCUUGGACACGGCGUGCCCCGUGGAACUGGGACGACCUCUACACUACGAAGCGCGUUCAGGAAAACUGGUGCAGGACGGCGUCUGUGCCGGUGGUCACUUGCACCACGAGUGCUGCGCGAUUCGACCCUCACCUACACGCCUGAGAGUGGACGCGGGCUACCCGUACACUCUAGAUCCAACGGGGAACGCCACGACAUCAGUAGCAAGGAGCUGGGUCUAUGGCGGCGCCGGCUACGCCGUGUCGAGAGGUCUCAUGAAUAGUGUUCAGAGACCGAAGUGGAAACGGUGCGUCGACCAGGCGAUCUGCGGGAACGCGGACCAAAGGGUGACGCGCUGCGUGCUGAACCUGGGCUGGGCCUUCACGGACCCGUCGCGGGACACGGAGCCGCCCUGGAAGGGCGGGCUGGGGCACCAUCUCGGCAUGAGCAACAACCGGAACCGCGGGUCGCGGCUCUUGAGGAGGUGGCGGCGGUCCCGGCGGCGGCUCGCUCGGUAUUGGUGGUCAUAAUUAAGUCUAUUCUCUGGU